AUGGUUUUCGAUGGUAUACCAGGAGUUUACGACAUUGAUGACCCUGAGGAGUAUGAUAUCAGAAAAUACUUACCUGUCUGUGAGCACGGUCAUAUCUUGCUGGUCACCACGGCGUCCGACCUGCACCUGCGCUUAGCUCUCCCCGAUAUCCACUUGGAGGGAGUAGAUGACCUCACCGGGUCGAAAAUAUUGCUUAGAUGCGCCGGAGUCACAACACCUGAACGUUCCGGAGUAGUGGUAGCUCGGUCUAUUUCUCGCAAGCUGGGAGGGUUGCCGCUUGCCCUCGAACAGGCUGGAAGUAUUCUAUCUUAUGGCGUUGUCCGAAUGGAAGACUUCAACAAAGAAUUUCAAAUGCGUUUCUCUGAUAAGGCACUCAAAACCCCUAUGAAGCGGUACGUGGGAAGUUAUGACAAAGGUCGAACACUGUGGACGGUAUUCGAAAUGUCAUAUAACGGCCUGAGGCAAAGGAGUCCAGAUGCGAUAAAGCUACUUCAUCUUGUUGUAUUCCUGAGUCCAGGAACAACCCCAUUCAUCCUUGUCGUGAAUUCUGGAUUUGAUGGGUCAUUUGAUUCCACUCUCAAGACACCCUUCGUUCCAGCAGGUCUAGCUGAAACAUAA